CUAGGGAAAGAAAAAAUGCGUUUCCUGGGAAGAGGUGGGGGUACUUGGUCCCAGGUUUUUUUCCUGGACCUUCACAUCUUUACACAUGAGACCACCACCUUGCUGAAGCUAAGCAGGUCUGGGUCUGAUCAGUGUCUGGAUGGAAGAAGACCAUCUGUGAACCAAAUAUAUGCCGCCUUGGGUUCCUUGAUGAAAGAAAGAUGGGAACUGAGGCUGAGAGACAGUGACUCACCCAAGGCCACUCAGCUAAAGAAGAAGUUCCAGUCUAUUGAUAUUUCCGCAUCAGGUUAUGAACAUCUGCCUCCUGCAGCACAACAUGCAAUGCAGCCAACUGAACCAACGCCUGUCACUAACACAGCCAUCUCUGAAGAGGAGCAGAACAACACUGCCAACACCCAACGGCGCAAUCCGCGGAGGGGCGACCUGAAGAGAUAUUACACCAUCGAUACUGGCCAGAAGAAGACCCUAGACAAGAAAGAUGGGAGACGAAUGUCUUUUCAAAAGCCUAAAGGAACUAUAGAGUAUACAGUUGAAUUGAGAGAUUCUCUGAAUACCGUUGCCCUGAAGUUUGAUACAACACCUAAUGAAUUGGUCCAGUUAAACAAGCUAUUUUCCAGAGCUGUUGUUCCUGGACAGAUUUUAUAUGUUCCUGAUCCAGAAUAUAUUUCCAGUGUGGAGAGUUCUCCUUCACUUAGUCCUAUAAGUCCUUUAUCACCUACAUCUUCAGAAGCAGAGGCUGAGAAGACAGCUGUAAGUGAUUCUGAUGGGGUACACAGAAAAGAAGCAACAGCCACACCAGCAUACACAUGUGUUCGGCCUACAAGAGUGGUGUCUUCCACAUCAGAGGAGGAAGAAGCUUUCACAGAAAAAUUUCUCAAAAUUAAUUGCAAAUACAUAACUAAUGGCAAGGGAACAGUCAACGGUGUGCUGCUAGUGACGCCAAAUAAUAUAAUGUUUGAUCCACAUAAAAUGGAUCCAUUGGUUCAAGAGAACGGCUGUGAAGACUAUGGCAUCAUGUGUCCAAUGGAAGAAGUGAUGUCAGCUGCUAUGUAUAAAGAUAUUGUAGACGUCAAAGUAAAGGAUUCAUUACCCAUGGAUGUGGAUCAGUUGUCUGUAAAAGAUCUCUGCCAUUUCAAGAAAAUCACAAGAAGCAAUACUGAUGAAAUGGACUCAAAGAUGCGGGAUACAGGGAAUGAUAGUGCCAGCACCGCUCCAAGGAGCACAGAGGAAUCUCUUUCGGAAGAUGUGUUCACUGAAUCAGAACUCUCUCCAAUAAGGGAGGAGCUUGUUUCUUCUGAUGAGCUUCGACAAGACAAAUCUUCUGGAGCCUCAUUAGAAUCUGUCCAGACAGUAAAUCAGACUGGUGCAGAACAUAUACCUGUUUCAGACUCUGCUAAUGUUCUUGGUGAUGUAAACUCCAGUGUAGAACAGCCUUUGAAUGAUGACAGCAAGUCUGUUAGUGAUACUGUGGGUUCAGAAUCAGUAGACAGAGCACUAAAAGAAGUACAAGACACUGUAGAAGGAACUACUGCUGAUGCUCAAGAGACACCACAUAGCACAGAGCAGGAAUCUGUCAUGGAAAAUGUACCAGAAGGUGAGAAGUGUUUGCAUACUGAAGAAAAUGAUUCUAAAAGGGAAACCACAAAUAAGGGGAAACUUGUGAAAGAGUCAACUCAAGAUUCUGACACAGAUAUUGAUAUGCUAAGAAAACUUUGGAAGAGCCAUACUAUGCAACAAACCAAACAACAAAGGGAUAACAUGCAUCAAGAUGCUCAUAAGGAAAUGAAGCACAAAGUGGCAACAGCAGAUGGAACAAUAGAAGGUUCUCUAAUGAAGGAGAAGAGAAGACAUCGAUUACACAAGUUCUUAUGUCUCAGAGUUGGCAAGCCAAUGAGAAAAACAUUUGUAUCACAAGCAAGUGCCACAAUGCAGCAGUAUGCACAGCGAGAUAAGAAACACGAGUACUGGUUUGCUGUGCCACAGGAGAGGACUGAGCAUCUGUAUGCCUUUUUUGUUCAGUGGAGUCCAGAAAUAUAUACAGAAACUGGGGAAACAAGUAGAGAGCCUGGAUUUAUGGUAGUAAAAAAAAUUGAGUCUGAAGCUGGUGAAGAUUCCGUUAGAGAAGCAGCUGCUAAGGAGUGGGAGGUAGUGUCAGUGGCUGAGUAUCACCGCAGGAUCGAUGCUUUAAAUAGUGAAGAACUACGCACACUCUGCAGACGUCUCAAGAUCACUACAAGGGAAGAUACACAUUCAACACCAGGAACAGUCAAGACGGAACUGGAGCCUGAGGCAUUUCGUCCAAAUCUUAAUGAUCCCAGUGAAUUGCUACAACUGGAACAAAUUGAAAAGCUCACAAAACAUCUUCCACCACGAACUAUUGGGUAUCCAUGGACCCUUGUCUACAGUACUGCAAAGCAUGGCAUGAGCUUGAAGACCCUAUAUAGAACCAUGAUGGGGCUGGACACACCAGUACUAAUGGUUAUCAAAGACAGUGAUGGACAGAUCUUUGGUGCACUAGCUUCUGAACCUUUUAAAGUGAGUGAUGGUUUUUAUGGCACUGGAGAAACCUUUCUUUUUACUUUUUGUCCAGAGUUUGAGACCUUCAAGUGGACUGGAGACAACAUGUUCUUUAUAAAAGGUGACAUGGAUGCCCUAGCUUUUGGUGGUGGAGGGGGUGAAUUUGCUCUGUGGCUUGAUGGUGAUCUCUACCACGGAAGAAGUCAUUCUUGUAAAACAUUUGGGAAUUGCACUCUUUCUAAGAAAGAAGACUUCAUUAUUCAAGACAUUGAAAUUUGGGGCUUUGAAUAAAUGUAAACUGCUACUACAAAAGGUUGUCCCAAACCUGACAUUGAUCAAUGCAGCUGAAAAAGCCCUUGAAGCAAUAUAAUACAGCAAUGCCUUUCAAAAUUCAUUGCAUGGCCAUCUAAAUAUAUUUACAUAAAACAUUGUUUAAAUUCUUUUUAA